CGCCUAUAAGUUGACCGUUAAUCAAGCUGAAAGGUUAGCAUUCAUUUGUUGGUGAUUUGAAUCGAAUUUUUGCCAUAAAAAAUGUCAGGACGUGGCAAAGGUGGAAAAAGUAAAGCAAAAUCGAAGUCCCGUUCAACCCGUGCUGGACUCCAGUUUCCUGUGGGAAGAAUUCAUAGAUUAUUGCGUAAGGGGAAUUAUGCAGAACGCGUUGGGGCAGGAGCUCCUGUCUAUCUCUCAGCUGUUCUGGAAUAUUUAGCUGCAGAAGUUUUAGAAUUGGCUGGAAACGCCGCCAGAGACAAUAAAAAAACAAGAAUCAUUCCGAGACAUUUACAACUAGCUAUAAGAAAUGACGAAGAAUUGAACAAACUCUUAUCUGGUGUUACUAUCGCACAGGGUGGUGUUUUACCAAAUAUUCAAGCAGUUUUGUUGCCAAAGAAAUCGGGAACUGCAACUACAGCAACUGGUGGAAAAUCAACGAAGACACAGUCUCAGGAUUACUAGUAAUUUACUUAUAAUUUGUAUGUUAGUGUUCAUUUUUUUUGACUACUUAGCAUAAACUUUGUCAGAUUAACUUGUUUAAUGUAAAGCAUCUAUUUUGCCAAAACUGGAAGUUCAUUAACAGUUAUUGGAAUCGUUUAAGACAGAAUCGUUUUUGAUCCCUUCCUUAAUAGAUUAAACAUUCAGGCUAGGUUUAUGCUUAUUAGAAAUGUCUUUUAAUAAAUAAUAAUGUUAUGAA